GAGUCAGAAGGCUAGAAGUUCUAUGUUGUUUUGCCUGCCUGUCAGUAGUUGUACACUAUGCCGUAUUCAUGACGUUUUAUCCUGCAGUUUUGUCUUUAAUAUUGGAGUUACUGAGAUGCGGUCCUGGAAGCAGAAUACCUAGUUCUGAGAAAUCAUUGUUAAUGAAAGCGUUACACUUGGAAGAUCAGAAACAAAACCCAGUUGUUCAACGAGUGAAAGUUAUCAUGUCAGCUGGCUUGGUCGUUGUUCAUGCGCACAG